GUUUUCGUACGACCAAUAGAUUUGAUCAAAACUUAACUAUACUUAGGCGGGCAGGAAUAAAAUGGUGUUAAUGUUACUGUUAGCUAACUGAACCAGACAUUUAGUAGCUUUUCCAUAUUUUGUAUUACUAACAUGUGUGAAAAAAUAACGAAGGUUAGCCAGUGGCUCGCCACGAUCUUCGGAGACCAAACUCCUCCAGAAUAUGAAGUCAACACUCGAACUGCAGAUAUAUUGUAUCAACUGGCAGAGAGCAGCGAGGCCAGAUGCAACGAGGUAUCUCUGCUUAUCGAAGAUCAAAAACAGAAAGCCAUUGAGUAUCAGUCAGAUGGUUGCCAUCUCCAAGAAGUUAUUUUACAAGGAGUUGGCCUGUCCUCUGCGAGUUUGGUAAAACCAGCCUCGGAUCACUUGAAUGCCCUUGAAGCCAGUGCCAUGGUACUGAAAAUUAGAGACACAUCAUUGGCAAGUUUUGUGCCUGCGAUAAAUGACCUAACUGAUGAGCUCCUGGAAGCUGAGAAAAGGGACAGACUAAUGGAGAGGGAGCUCACCGUCCUCAGGAAGAAAUUGGGCUCCAGUUUAGUACUACGGAGGACCUUACAAGAAGACCUCAAAAAAACUUUGAAAUGCCAAGAGGUGGAGAAUGCUCAGGCUGAAGAAAGACUGCUCAAUAUGGACUUCAUCAAAGCAAAAUCCAAGGACCUGUCAUUCAGAAUAAAUAUGGCAGAGGAGCAGCUAGCCUCCCGGAAAAUGGAUAACUCCCUAACCCACCAAGCGAUACUAGAAGUCUCGGAGAAAAUAGCCAAGUUGAAACAAGAGAUCUUACCACUAAAAAAGAAAUUGGAAUCAUACAAAGACCUGACCCCGAGUCCAUCUCUCGCCCUUGUGAAAAUUGAAGAAGCCAAGAGAGAACUGGUUUCAAUUGAUGCUGAGCUUGAAAUGAAAGUGGACUUUCUGAAUACAACUAUACCCAAACAGCAUGGACGAUCUCUAAAAUGAAUGUAUUUUUUGGGGUGGGUGGUGCUGUAUAAUAUAAUAAACCUGAUCAACAA